GUUCGGCCCCCGAAAAAUGAACAUAGACACAACAAACACUAAAGAUAUUAAGGAAAAUACAGAGCAGGAUACCGAGCAGGAUAACGAGCAGGAUAAUGAGCAGGAUAUCGAGCAGGAUAACGAGCAGGAUCAACUUGAGAAUAUGGAUGAAAAUGAUAGUGAUGAUGAAAUUGAUGAAGAAACGAAACAAUCUAUUUUGUUAACGGAGCCGCAGAUAAACUCGCAGAUAAACGCUACGAUAAACACUGAGAAAAUGUUACAGGUGAUGUUCGAGAAAUACGAUUUCGCAGGCGUUCAGGUCGCCAAUCAAGCCAUGUUAACGCUGUACACCUAUGGACUUUUGUCGGGCGUUGUAGUCGAUUCCGGUGUCGGUACCACCCGCAUUUGCCCGAUUUACGAGGAUUGCAAUCUUCAUCAUCUCACCAGAGGCUUGGACAUCGCCGGUCGAGACAUCACCAGAUAUCUAAUCAAAUUGAUGGUGCUCAGAGGGUACGCUUUCAAUGACUCGACCGAUUACGAAACCGUGAACAUGAUGAAAGAGAAAUUGUGCUACAUCGGCUACGACGUGAAAACCGAGCGACGUCUCGCCCUCGAAACCACCGUACUCGUCGAGCCCUACGCCCUGCCCGACGGGCGCGUUACCAAACUAGCCGGCGAGCGAUUCGAAGCCCCCGAAGCGCUAUUUCAACCCCAUUUAAUCAACGUAGAAGGCCAUGGCGUAGCCGAACAAGUCUUCGACGCGAUUCAAGGGGCCGAUGUCGAUAAGAGAUCGGUGCUGUACAAGCACAUCGUGCUGUCGGGAGGUUCGACGAUGUUCCCGGGGCUGUCGAUGCGGCUGGAGCGCGAGCUCAACCAGCUGUACCUCGAGCGGGUGCUGCAGAACGACGUGAGGAAGUUGGACGAGUCCAAGAUCCGCGUCAACGCGAACCCAUGGAGGAAACACGCGGUGUUCCAAGGGGGCGCCUUGCUGGCACAAUGUAUGAAGGACGAUAACGACUAUUGGCUGUCGAAGCGGGAGUACGAGGAGAGCGGGUCGUUGCUGUUGAAGAAGAAACUCAUCGCGAGGGGCUUGUGUACCCCGUCCAAUUCAUCCACCAGGGACUCCAAGACCAACCAAGUGCAAACCACCUCCAAGGUCUACUCGGACGUGCUCUCCGCCAAACCCAAGACCUACUACGAAUACGACAACUACACGCCCGACUACGAGGACGUCGACAACUACAGCCUGAUCAAGAAACUCGGCCACGGCAAGUACAGCGUCGUCUUCGAAGGGCUGCACGAGAAGCGCAACGAGACGGUCGUCGUCAAGAUGCUCAAGCCGGUGCGCAAGCGCAAGAUCAAACGGGAGAUCAAAAUCCUCGAUUGUCUCAAGGGCGGCACGAACAUCGUCAAAUUGCUGUCGGUGGUGAACGUGCCCCACACGGACGUCACCGCUUUGGUGUUCGAACGGUUGGCCCACAACGAGGACUUCAAGAACAUCUAUUUGAAAUUGAGCGAGGCCGAUACGCGCUACUAUUUGUACGAGAUCCUGAAGGCGUUGGAUUAUUGCCAUAGCAGAGGGAUCAUGCACAGGGACGUGAAACCGCACAACAUCGUCGUCGAUCAGAACACCUGCAAGAUCCGCCUGAUCGAUUGGGGCCUGGCCGAAUUCUAUCAUCCUCGACAAGAGUACAACGUGCGCGUCGCCUCGCGCUACUUCAAAGGUCCCGAAUUGCUCGUCGACUACGGCUACUACGAUUACUCGUUGGACAUGUGGUCGCUCGGCUGCAUGUUCGCUUCGAUGUUGUUCCGCAAGGAGCCCUUCUUCCACGGCAUCGACAACUACGAUCAGCUGGUGCGGAUCGUCAAAGUAUUGGGUACGAACGAACUGAACGCCUACCUGACCAAAUACAACAUCGCCAUCGACAAGAAGCUGCAGGGCUCGUUGGGUUCGCACACGCGCAAAUCCUGGCAGCGCUUCGUCCACACCGAGCACGAGUACCUCAUCAACGAUCACUCGCUGCACCUGCUCGAGAACCUUCUGCGCAUCGAUCACGCCGAGCGCAUCUCGGCCCGCGACGCCUUGAAUCACAAGUACUUCGCGCCGGUGAGAAGGAAGGUGCAGGCGAAGCCGUCGCCGAUCGCCCAAAGUCGGGCGGUGCUCGAAGAGGCUCAAUAGAGAAUCUU